AACUUGCUUUUAACUUAGACAGGUUCUUUACUCCCCUGAUUAUAUUUCCUAUGUAGCAUAAGCUCACGAAAACAUCAAAAGUAGAGCAUCAAAAGGAAUAUGAAAACUACUCAGGCACUCUUCUACGCACUGCGAUUAAGUUACGGACAGAUUGCAUCUGACUUGAAUGGACCGGUACGUCAAAUCUCAACAAAACGUGACCAUUCAACAACAUCAGCUGCAAUUUUGGCUUUUAUUGGCUUAGGAGUUAGCGGGUUUUCAUUGAAGCAACUAGCAUCAAAGUCUUCAAGAAAGUUUAAAUGAGUUUUUAUCAAAUGCGUGCGAAGUGAAGACUGGACAAUAAUUUAAGCAACUUUUUUUUUGUGGAAUGAAAUCAUCUCACUAACGGAUUCGUAUUACAAGGAGGACAAAAUAAAUUUCCCAUUCAGUUGCAACUAUUUUUGUUAACGAUGAAAAUUAUUAUCAGUUUGUGUCUCUCUUUGUGAGAUUUUUGACGUAGCAGAACGAAAAAAUUUUGCGAUUUUAUUUUUCUUCUUUAUUUUUUGUAAUUAAAAUUAGAGUAUUUCGUCUUUCUUCGACAAUUUUUUAAGUGUAGCCAGUUCAGAAUGAUUAGAAAAAAAUACAAAAUAAAUUGCUUAGAAAAUCAAAAGAAAAA